AUGCAAAGCACGCAGAAUCAAAUGCGACGAGCUCGAGCCAAAAUGUUCAAGAUGCAUUCCGAAAGUUCGCGUUGCUCGUCUGCGGCUGUCGGAAGUUCAAGGUCAUCACCAGAGGUUCCUGUUGUGCAAUCACCACUCGAUCUAUCGAGACAUGAGAGACACCCCAGCUCGCCCUUGCAGUCACAAGGAUCGUGGGUCCUUACACCUACGGAGUCUGCACUAUUCAAUCACUAUCUCGAACACACUAGCAAAGACAAGUGCGUUGACGACGAGGACCAAUACACUUUGCAGAUCGGAAUUCCGAAUCUAGCUUCCCAGAACAAGGUUCUUAUGAAAUCCGUGCUGGCAUUCUCGGCAGUGUGUAAAUGCUGUGAUAUUAUCAACCGCUCGUCAAUAUCCUGCGCAGACCGUGAACAAGUCCUAAUACUUCUGUCUUUCGCCGAUGAAUAUCACAUGGAAUCACUGCGGGAAAUUCAAGCCACUCUAUUUGAGACUGAUCAAUACGAUCAUAUUCUUGCAAAUGCGGCUAUGAUGGGGAUGUAUGGAUCGGGCAGCCACUGUAUCCGAAUCUGGCUAGCAGAAACAUCAUCUUCCGACGACCCUGAACGGACCCGGUUUAUGCCAAAAAGUUUUCAAUGGAUCAGUCUCUUCCGCGCUGUUCGCGUAGCCUACACCGGUCUACUCAAUGACAGGCUUAAGGCGGAGGAUGUAGUUCAACUUGCCCGGGCCGCUUCGCCCAUUGAUCCUGUCGCAAGUCAUGGUUUUCAGAUGCAUUCGGAAUGCAAGGCGUCCACUCCCGUUGGGCAGAAAAAUGAUCCUCAAGAUCAUGUUCUGUAUCCUAUUCUGGCCAAUACCGUGGAAUCCGCACUACAAAGGCUGGGGAAGAAGGCCAGAGAAAUUGUCAGACGCGAGACGGGUGAGUGUGGAAACGAGGAGACACCGGCUACACAUACCAACUCCGAUGUUCAAGCAUGUUUCGUUGCGUUGAAACUAUUGAAGAAAAUUGUAUCUAGGACAUUCCUUGAUGAAAGUCCCAUAUCAAAUACGCCAGGAAACUCCCAUUUCGCUUCCGAGGUCGAUGUCAAUCCAGUGGGACAAGUCUCCAAAGUUUCGCCCUGGAUGCGGAGGUACACCGCCAGAAUAACUUCGAUGAUACCGUCGAGGCUUCCGCGAAGAUUUAUUAUGGCAUUUGUACACGAAGCUCCUACAAAGUACUUGAACUUGGUUGAAGACACGAUUGGUCUCGUGCAGAACGGUGCACCAGGCCCAGACGACCACGGAAUAACAUCCCCCUUAAAGGCCAUGAAUCAGGAGCCGAGUCUAGCACAGCAGUUGGCUGUGGAUAUAUUUUCCCAUUGGCUUGUUCUGGUCAUGUUGCUAGAUAAGGUGUGGUGGAUUGGUGGCAUUGGAGCUUGGGAACUUGGACGACUUAUCUCCUUUCGGCAAAAUACACGAUUACAUAUGUCCCUGUGGAAGAUUGGUGAAGAUUGGUGGCCGGAAAGCAUGUUCGAAAUUAGUCGACAGUUCAACAAACAUCGAGCGAAGGGUUGA